AAUGGGUACAUCUUGUUCCUGUAAAUCGAUGUUCUCGGUUUGCUAAUCUGAAAUUAUUAGAAAUGUUACAAUCUCUCCUAAAUCAGAAAAGAAAACUGUAAAAGAUAAUUCUUCUAUUCAAAUUUCGGAAAAUACAGACAAACAUUUCGUUCUUUAACAAUAUCCAGAGAGAUAUAUCAUCAUUUACACAUCUAAUGAUGAUUAUAAAAUCUUAAUGUAAGAGCUAUUAGAAAUUAACGAUAAUAACUCAUUUAUUAUACAAGAAUACAAAGAUUAAAAAGAAAAUUCAAAUAAUUACUAGGAAAUUUCGAGCUAAAUGCAAUGUUCCCUAAAUGACUUUAAGUUAUGAG